UAAUAGUAAUAAAAUAGCAUAUCUGAAGUUUAUUGUUAGUACAAGUAAUAUAGUACUAGUAUAAUAAAAUUUAUUGUUGUGCUGUAUAUCUACACACUUCAGGUAAUUGCAAUCGGCCGACAGUAUACGGUGUAGAACCCAAAUAGGGAAAAAAAGGUUUAUCGACCGAAACUAUAAUUUUUCACGUCUUGCUAGAGGACAUUAACCAGAAUUAGCAAGUCAGUGGAUGAGUAGCAAUUCCUUGAAUCUUCCGAUCUCAGACCUGGAGUUACUACUAUUGGCUGUUACUACCGGUUCUGUCAUUUAUUUGGUAUUACUGUAUCUCUAUGGAAAAUCUCAAGUACCAAUCCUAGUUGCCAUAUUUGUUUUCAGUAAUAUGGUAUCCCGGACUACGAUAUUUCAAUCGUUUAUACCUCGAUUUUCUAAACAAGUAGAUGUAUUGAUUGAAACAUUAUUUCCUUCCAGUAGUUCACUGUUGAAAAAUGUUCCUACAACUCAGGGUCCAGGGUAUGGGCAAUUCUUAGCAUUAAGUGAUAAUUCCAAGCUUGAACUUCUUACUGCAGUUAAAUCACUCCAGGCUUAUUCAGAUAAUGCCAAAAAGACGAAUGAUAGAAGAAGGAAAUUAUUCAAGUUAAUGAGUUGGAGACAACAGAGAUUAUGUGAGGAUGUGGGUUACUUGAACAAGUUGAAGAAGAUAGAUCAAUCUAUACAAACGAAUCAAACUUUCUUGAAUGCAAUAGCUGACAAAUCCAUUGAGGAUUUUGGACUCUCAUACCAUGAUUUCGAAAAAUUGAAGAAUGAUAGUAGUGUCAAUCAAACAUCUUCAAGUAAUUAUAGAGUCAUAGAGGCAAUUGGCCAUUACUUACGUGAUUGGAACAACAAGGGAAUAGUGGAACUUAAUCCCAUUUUGGAUUAUACUAAGAAGCAAUUAAAUGAAUUAAUUCCGGUAGAUCAAAGAGCCAAAACAUGUAUUAUAGUUCCAGGUUCAGGAUUAGGUAGAGUUGCUCAUGAGAUUGCCAAUUUAGGGUCAGAUAAGAAUGAACCAACAUUUGGAGCUGUCUAUGCCGUGGAAUAUUCAGGAUUAAUGCAUGCAUGUAAUAGAUUCAUAUAUUCUUCAACUGACAAGCCAUUUGUGUUAUUCCCAUACGUCCAUACAUGUUCUAACUUAUAUGAUACACCAUCCCAAUUCCGAUCAGAGAAAAUCAUACCAGUUUUCGACAAACCCGACAAUUUGCAUUUGAGACAUGAUGAUUUCCGAUAUUUCAAAAUUGAAGAUCCUGACAAGUACGAAAAUAUUGUCAUAUUGUCUGUUUUCUUUGUUGAUACAGCUGAAAAUCUACUUGAUUAUCUCGAUGCAAUAAACCAUCUAACCACUCCAAACUCAAGAAACAAUAAAAUAAAGAGAGGGUUCUGGAUUAAUGUGGGACCUUUGAAAUACGGUAGUGCAGCCCAAGUUGAAUUAAAUGCUGGAGAAUUACAACAACUUCGACUGAAAAUGGGUUGGAAAGAUAAAAGCUUUAUUAAUAGUCUUAAACAAAAGGAUAUCGGAGAAAAUGGUUUAUCAGGCUAUGUUACAGAUAAGGAUAGUAUGUGGCAAGGGUAUUACGGAUUAAGUAUGUGGUCCUCAUCUAGAAAGGAGAAUAGUACCAAGUAGAAUUACUGUUUAACUUUCUUUCUUGUAUAUAGUAAUCGGUAU